AUGUUUUGGUCUCAGGAAUUUCGGGAGCUCCUACAGUAUCAAGAUAACUCAGACAAAACCCUUGAAGCAAAUGAAAUGUUGCUUGACAAACUUCGCCAGCGAAUACAUGAUAAAGCUGUUGCUCUGGAGCACUCCCAGGAAACGGAAAGCCUGAGGGAGGCUCUGCUGUCCUCUCGAUCCCACCUUCAAGAGCUAGAAAAGGAGCUGGAGCACCAGAAGGUGGAAAGGCAGCAGCUUUUGGAAGAUUUGAGGGAGAAGCAGCAAGAGGUCUUGCAUUUCAGGGAGGAACGUCUUUCCCUCCAGGAAAACGACUCGAGACUGCAGCACAAGCUGGUUCUCCUGCAGCAACAGUGUGAAGAGAAACAGCAGCUCUUUGAGUCCCUCCAGUCAGAGCUACAAAUCUACGAGGCACUUUAUGGCAAUUCCAAGAAGAGGCUGAAAGAUUCAGCUGUGUCCCCUCCAGUCCGGGAUGUUGGUAUGAAUUCCCCAGCUCUGGUCCUCCCCAGCUCUGCUUCCUCUACUCCUGGCUCAGAAACGGCCAUAAUCAACAGAACAGAUGGCUUGGGUUUGGAUACUUCUCCAGUAAUGAAGACCCCUCCCACGCUGGAGGGUGAUGCUACUGAUGGCUCCUUUGCCAUUAAGCAUGGCCGCCAUGUCAUUGGCCACAUUGAUGACUACAGUGCCCUAAGACAGCAGAUUGCAGAGGGCAAGCUGCUGGUCAAAAAGAUGGUGUCUCUUGUGAGAUCAGCGUGCAGCUUCCCUGGCCUUGAAGCCCAAGGCACAGAGGUGCUAGGCAGCAAAGGCAUUCAUGAGCUUCAGAGCAGCACCAGUGCCCUGCACCAUGCCCUAGAGGAGUCGGCUUCCCUCCUCACCAUGUUCUGGAGAGCAGCCCUGCCAAGCACCCACAUCCCUGUGCUGCCUGGCAAAGUGGGAGAAUCAACAGAAAGGGAACUUCUGGAACUGAGAACCAAAGUAUCCAAACAGGAGCAGCUCCUUCAGAGCACAACUGAGCGUCUGAAGACGGCCAACCAGCAGAAGGAGAGCAUGGAGCAGUUCAUCGUCAGCCAGCGUGAAAUCCCUAAGGGCUCUGCCGUGUACUCCAGCCUUGUGACCCUUACCUUCCAGGAACCAUGCAAGAAGCGCAGCCACCAGAAGUCCUUAAAACAGCAGGAAAGGUGGGCCUGUCCUCCUUUUGUGCAGCUACCUAUCUGCUGAGGAGCAUCUGGGCCUCAUUCCUCCGAGUCCACUGGAGGGUCCAGAAGAGGGAGUCAGAGAUGUAUCCUGGUGGAGCUGGGAGAAAGACAGAAAGCCUUUCUGACAGCUAUGGAAUACCAUUAGCCAAGGUCCACUUGGCCCAGCACUAAGCAAAAGAUGCGUAGUUUGAAUAGAAGUUUUUGUGAUACUGCUUCUCAACAGCCCCAGCAGCUUGGGAACUAGCAACAGCACAUUUCUUGCCUCAUCAGCUGUCCUGAGAUGGAAAACUCAGUGGAUAUGGAACCCUGAUUCUGAUGAAUGGGGCACGUGGUCCCAAUGCUGGAGCUCCUCUGACAGGUUCUAAAAGCACACUACUGAGCAGUGGUGCCCUGCCAGACACUGCUGGCGGAGCUCAGUGAGCACUACUCACAGAUGCACACCUGACCCUGUUGGGUCGAGUCAGGCGGGCUUUGGUCUGCACUGGCACCUGUGUUCUUUGAGUUCACAUCAUGAAUGUGGUGACUUCCCAGAUACCAUCUCAGGCUUAACCUAGCACAUCCUGUUUCUUUUCUUCUAUGAUAUCCAAGUUGGACUGACCUCACUUCAAAGAUGCUGUCCCAUUUUGUCAUCCUAUCUUACCUCGGGGAAAUUGGGGACUGAUGGCCAGACCAAUUCUGUUGAAAUUCUUGCAUAGAGCAAAGCUGUGCUCAUUUUUAAGUGGCAUGGGAGAGGCCCCCAGUCUAGUAAAGCCUAGUCUGUGUCUUCACAGUGCUGACAGAAUGUGUUUGUGUGUAUAAAUGUAUGAUAUAGAUUUAUAUAUGUUGCUAUCUCCAUAUAUUGAAGGCCAACAUAAUUGGUGGACAGGGUGCAUGACAGAAAAUGAAAGUCUUUUUGGUGAUUAUUAAAGCAAAAUGUGUAUAAAAAAAAAA